CAGAUAAACGCCACCCUCAUCGCUCUCUCUCUCUCUCUCGACGCAUUUAUCACACUCUCUCUAUCUCUCUAAACUUCGCGAAAACCUUUGAAAUUAAUCUCGCGCUAUUGAGCGGCGUUCAGUGUACCUGCUACAAUGGGCGCUUCGCUUCCUGCAAAAGAGGCCAACCUCUUUAAGCUCAUCGUCAAAUCAUAUGAAACAAAACAAUACAAAAAAGGUUUAAAGGCUGCUGAUGCCAUCUUGAAGAAGUUCCCUGAUCAUGGAGAGACCUUAUCAAUGAAAGGGCUGACAUUGAAUUGCAUGGACCGCAAGUCUGAGGCAUAUGAACUUGUCAGACUUGGAUUGAAGAAUGACCUUAAGAGUCAUGUUUGCUGGCAUGUUUAUGGUCUUCUAUAUAGGUCCGACAGAGAAUACAGGGAAGCAAUUAAGUGUUACCGCAAUGCACUAAGAAUUGAUCCCGAUAACAUUGAAAUACUCAGAGAUCUUUCUCUUUUACAGGCUCAAAUGCGUGACUUGGAAGGUUUUGUCGAGACACGCCAACAAUUACUCACCUUGAAACCAAAUCAUCGGAUGAAUUGGAUUGGAUUUGCUGUUUCCCAGCAUCUAAACUCCAAUGGACCAAAGGCAGUUGAUAUUCUUCAAGCAUAUGAAGGGACUUUGGAGGAUGAUUACCCUCCUGACAAUGAACGUAUUGAGCAUGGCGAAAUGCUUUUGUACAAGAUUUCUUUACUGGAAGAAUGUGGAUUGCUUGAGAGGGCUCUUGAUGAGUUGCACAAGAAAGAACACAAGAUAGUUGAUACAUUAUCUUACAAGGAGCAAGAGGCUUCUCUGCUUGAAAAGCUUGGCCGUUUCAGUGAAGGGGAAGAAUUAUACAUGAAACUGCUAUCCGAGAAUCCUGACAAUUAUGGGUAUCAUAAAGGCCUUCAAAGGUGUAUGGGGCUGUAUUCAGCAAAUGGUCAAUAUACUUUUGAUGAAAUUGCCCGAUUGGAAUCCCUAUAUGCAUCACUCAGCAAGCAACUUACAAGGUCGUCUGCUGUCAAGAGAAUUCCCCUUGAUUUUCUGAGUGAUGAAAGAUUCCGUUCAGCUGCUGAAAAUUAUGUCCGCCCUUUUCUGACAAAGGGAGUUCCUUCUCUAUUUUCAGACCUUUCUCCUCUGUACAACCAUCCUGGAAAGGCUGAUAUUUUGGAGCAGUUAAUUACUGAGCUGGAGAAUGCCAUCAAGACAACUGGUGCAUAUCCUGGGAGGGUGGACAAGGAGCCUCCGUCAACACUUAUGUGGAUUCUGUUUUAUUUGGCUCAGCAUUAUGAUAGGCGCUGUCAGUAUGAUGUUGCUCUCAAGAAAAUUGAAGAGGCCAUUGAACACACUCCAACUGUCAUUGAUUUAUACUCAGUGAAGAGCCGGAUCUUAAAGCAUGUUGGUGAUCCAGUAGCAGCUGCUGCUUUGGCUGAUGAAGCCAGAUGCAUGGAUCUUGCUGAUCGCUAUGUGAACAGUGAAUGUGUCAAACGUAUGUUGCAAGCAGAUCAGGUAGCAUUGGCCGAAAAGACAGCGGUAUUAUUCACAAAAGAUGGAGAGCAGCACAGUAAUCUCCAUGAUAUGCAGUGCAUGUGGUAUGAACUACAGUCUGGAGAAAGUUAUCUGCGUCAGGGGGACCUGGGGCGAGCCUUGAAGAAAUUCCUGGCUGUAGAAAAGCAUUAUGCCGACAUUACAGAAGAUCAGUUUGACUUCCACUCAUACUGCUUAAGAAAAAUGACUCUUCGGCCUUACCUUGAUAUGCUGAAGUUUCAAGACCGCCUUCACUCUCAUCCUUAUUUUCGCAAAGCAGCUGAAGGAGUGAUAAGAUGCUACUUGAAGUUGUACGAUUCUCCUCCAAAGUCAUUUGCAGAAGAAGAUGAAGAGAUGUCAAAGAUGGCUCCUUCUCAGAAAAAGAAAUUGAGGCAAAAGCAGAGGAAGGCUGAAGCCCGCGCUAAGAAAGAAGCAGAAGUGAAGGAAGAAUCAAAUGCUACUGCUGUUCAAAAAUCUGGGAAAAAGCAAGUUAAGCCAGUAGAUCCUGAUCCACACGGAGAGAAGUUACUGCAGGUUGAAGAUCCUUUAGUGGAAGCUACAAAGUACUUGAAACUUCUCCAGAAGCAUUCUUCUGACUCCUUGCAAACGCACUUGUUUUCUUUCGAAGUUAACAUGAGAAAGAAGAAAAUCUUACUUGCAUUGCAGGCAGUUAAGCAUCUAGUGCGGUUGGAUGCCGAUGAACCGGAUGUACAUCGUUGUUUGAUAAAGUUCUUUCAUAAAGUGUCAUCCAUGCCAUCUCCAAUAACUGAUGCAGAAAAACUUAUCUGGGGGGUGCUAGAAGCUGAGCGUCCAGCAUUCAGUCAGUUGCAUGAGAAAUCUCUCACCGAGGCAAACUCUAUGUUCCUAGAGAAGCAUAGAGAUUCCUUGAGGCACAGAGCUGCUGUAGCCGAAAUGAUUUUUGUUUUGGAACCACACAAGAAGCAAGAGGCUAUUAACUUGAUAGAAGAGUCAUCAGGCGACCUGUCUUUAUCAAAUGGAGCGGUUGGGCCAAACAGAGUUUGGAGGCCAAAGGAUUGCAUUGCAGUCCACAAACUCCUAGGAUCGAUUUUGGACGCCCGCGAUGCUGCUUCAAGAUGGAAAGCUCGAUGUGCUGAGUACUUCCCCCACUCAACGUACUUUGAGGGCCGUUGCAGCUCUGCUGUCUCAAAUUCCUCAUAUUACCAAAGUCACAAGCCAUCUGAAAAUGGAAACCCAACCGUGUCUUCCAAUGGGAAGUUGGAUUCACUCAAGGAUCUUGUCAUCCAAUAGUUUGCACACCAGCCAACAUUUCUCAGAGAUUUCCGCUUUCAGAGAUGAUUGAGGUAGGGAAUCAAUGUUGAAGGGUGAUCGGUUACGUCUUAUAUCUGAGAGUGAUUUUUCUUUUUUGACUGAGGCCGACGCCCACUUUACUGGUAUGGCGUAAUAUUUCAAAUGUGUAUACUCUUCACCAUUUUCGUUUUGACAGUUAGAUUUUGUAUUUCUCUUGCUUUGUGCUGGAGAAGAGGUUCCUUGGGUUAAUGAGUUUAGAGAGAGAAAAAAAGCAGGAUUUUCAAGAAGUGGUGUUACAGUCUCUCAGCAUAGAUCAUAAACACACCAAUAGUUGGCUAAGUUAAGAGCAUGUUGUAUUUUCUUAUUUUAUUGACACAUCAAUUGUGAUGUAUAAUUGCUAUUUUUAUGUUAAAAUUUUGUCUGAA